AAUCAAUUGGUUGAUGAUUAUUAUACCAAAGGUAUCUCAGGGGCUGAUGAUGAGUCUAAAGAUACAGAAAUUAAUGAAGAAGAGGAUGAUGAUGAUGACGAUAAUGAUCAAGGAAAUAGUAACUUUUUAGAAGAUCUUGAUGAUGAUAAAUAUCAGAUUGAUUUCAGUUUGGCAUAUUCUAUGAUGAAAAGUGGUGGUACUAAUAUCAAUAUGAAUCCUAAUAAGAAUAUAACGCAAUUAAGUAAAGAUCAGACUGAUGAUCCUGCUGUUUUAGAACGAUUAGAAUGGCAAUCUAUGUUAACAUCAGUAUUAACUGGUGAUGUGGUCAAAUCAGAAAAGACAAAAAUCAUUAAUAAUAAUAAUCCAGAUAAUGGACAAGAAUCUUUCUUACAUGCUACAUAUAAAGAGAGCCUAUGGUUUGGAGUAAGAGCCAAAUUAUUUAAUAGAUCUGAAGAUGAUCAAAGGAAAAUUAUAUCAUAUAGAAGAACUUUAGUAGAUCAAUUAAUUGAAGAUGUUUUAAAAUUCGAAGUCAAUUAUGAUGAUCCAAUUAAUAAUCCUACCAGAACUCAAGUAAUGAAAUUAUUAGAUCGUUAUGAACAAGCGUGUGGAAAUUGGAGAACAUUAGAAGAUAUGAAGAAUGAUAAACCUUUAUGUCGAAGUGAAGAAUUUGAAAAUCGAAUCGAUGCAUUAAAUGCCUGGUUUACUAUAACAGAAGCUAUUACAAGAGAAACUCGUUCAUUAAGACUUUGGAUAGGUAAUGAUGAAUUAGAUAUUACCAAGAGUCCCGUAGAAACUCCAUCUACAGAAUCAGCAUCUUUAACCAGUAGUAAAGUAAUUCGAAAGAUAUUCGAUGAAGAUAAUAAAUCAUUAGCAGAAAGAUUAAUGAAGGAAAAAGAUGUUCAUACAAUUUUUCAAAAACGAAUCUUUUUACCCAUGGCACCUUGGAUGAUUAAAUCUAAAGAUGCAUAUAUAACUUUGGGUCAUAUGUUUGAACAAAUGAAAUUACCUGACUAUAUCCAUGAUUUAAUUCAAAUUUGUAUUAUUCCUAUGAAAUUAAUUAAAGAAAUUAUCAAUGUAAGACUUGGUUAUGCUAUAAAAUUACAGAAUCCUACAUUAAUGAUGAUAGAUCAAAUGAUUGAAGAUUUUAAAUCAUAUAUUACUAUUGCCCUUGAAGUAAAAAUGGGGAUUCAAGAGUAUUGUAAACCUGUAGCCGGUAAUACAUGGGUGAUUGGAGAUUUUUUUGAAGGAGAAAAUCUGGAUUUUGAUCAAGUUGUAUUAAGAUGUGCUAAAUAUUAUUUGGUUUUAUUGAAUAGAAAAUUAUUAGAUAGUACGAGAUCAACUACCAAUUUUAGAACUUUUAAGGAACCAGAAGAAUUAGAAGAAGCAUGGUCAUUUUUGAGAUGGUUAGGUAAUUCUAUUGAUGGAGGUAGUGUAUUAGUUUCAGAGCAAAUUACCGUAUUAGCUCUGAAAUUAAUUCAAAGAUUAUUAGCAUACUUCAAUAGUCAACUUCGUUCACCACCUUCUGGAGUAAAUUCAGAUUUAAUCAGAUGGUAUAGUUCUACUACGGAAAAUUUUGGACAAUUACGUCGUAAAUUAGCUAGAUUUACUGGAGAAAUGUCAAGAGAAUUCACUAAUUCAUUAGUAUUUAGUCUUCCAUCAACUCCUACUAAUUUAACUAAGAAUUUAUUAGAAAUAUUAAAGGCAAGAAAUCAUUUUUUAGUAUAUACUGGAACGGUAGAAGCUCAAGGUAUAUAUUUCUUUGCUAGUCCUGAACUUGCAGGUAAUGAACAAGAAAUUCUUAAGAUUAUUAAUGGAUCUUAUGUAGGAUUAGAUCCAAAUAAUUCUAAUUAUGAAUUUACUGAUUUAUUAGAUUUAAUUCAAUCAGAAGGUGAUGAAGAUUAUAUACCGUCUCAAGCGUUGGCAUCUCAUUCAAGUGAUUUUGCUUAUAUACUUGCAUUAUGUCCUCCUAAACCAAUUGUAUGGGAAGGUAGUAUUAUUAAUUUAAAUAUGACUGAUGUUCCUAUAAGUGAUGUUAAAACAGGACAAAUGAUUCUUAUAACUAAAUUACCAUAUUAUAGUUUACAUAUAGUACGAGAAAAAUUUCUUGAUAUUGUUAGUGAUAUAAUGCUGGGAACUCCUGUUGAACAAAGAUGUUCAUUAACUAAAGUUCAUCAAGAAUUAACAAAAAUUAAUCGAGCAUUUUUUAAAAUGUGUAUUUCAGUACUUGAUUCAGUUAAAAUCGUAAGAGAUAAGUGUAAAGAAUUAUCUAUUGAAGGUGAUUAUCAAUCAUUAAUUAAUAAUUAUUUUAUAUAUGCUCGAGAUUAUGGUAAAAAUUCCAUUAGAAGUUUAGAUAGUUCUCGAAAAUCCGCCAUUAUUAUGAAAUUAAUUCAAUUAUCAAUUGAUUGGGUAAGUUUUAUUUGUGAUGAUUGUCUGCCAACUGAUAGGAAAACAUUUAGAUGGUGUGUUUUAGCAUUAGAAUUUGCUAUGGAAAUGACAAGAGGAUUUAAUGUUCUUGUACUUAAUGAAGAACAAUUUUAUAAAUUAAAAUUAAAAGUGGCACGAUGUAUGUCAUUACUUAUAUCUCAUUUUGAUAUUAUGGGAGCUAGAUCAAGUGAAGCAGAAAGAAAUACUUUACUUAAAUGGUCAUCUACUCGUCAUAAGAUUGAAAAUUCAUCUGAUGAUAAUUAUAUUAUAAAAGCAUAUCGAGAAGAUUUAAUGAAACAAAUUGCCAAUAUAGAAGAAUAUCGAACAGAACUUCAAGAAGAUUUACAUUCAGUAGGUAGAGUAUUAGAUAUUACUGAUCUGGAAUAUCAAUUUGUUACUUUAUUAGCUUCAUCAUUUUCAAGUGUAUCUAUUAGAUGGCAAAAGGGUAGAUUUAUUGGAGGUGGAACAUUUGGUCAAGUAUUUGCAGCCGUUAAUUUAGAUACUGGAGGAGUUAUGGCCGUUAAAGAAAUUAGAUUUCAUGAUAGUCAAUCAAUUAAAAAUAUUGUUCCUUCAAUAAAGGAAGAAAUGACAGUAUUGGAAAUGUUAAAUCAUCCAAAUGUUGUUCAAUAUUUUGGAGUUGAAGUUCAUCGAGAUAAAGUUUAUAUUUUUAUGGAAUUUUGUGAAGGUGGUUCAUUAUCAGGAUUAUUGGCUCAUGGAAGAAUUGAAGAUGAAGUUGUAAUUCAAGUAUAUACAUUACAAAUGUUAGAAGGGUUAGCAUAUUUACAUCAAUCAGGAGUUGUUCAUCGAGAUAUUAAACCUGAAAAUAUUCUUUUAGAUCAUAAUGGAGUUAUUAAAUUUGUUGAUUUUGGUGCUGCUAAAGUAAUUGCUAAUAGUGGUAAAACUAGAAAUCCCGCUAGUAUUGGUUCAAGACCUGCUAAUGGUAAUCCAAAUUCUAUGACAGGGACUCCAAUGUAUAUGUCACCAGAAGUAAUUACUGGAUCAUCAUCUGAUAGAGGUGGAGUGGUGGAUAUUUGGUCACUUGGAUGUUGUGUUCUUGAAAUGGCUACUGGUCGUAGACCUUGGGCAAAUCUUGAUAAUGAAUGGGCUAUAAUGUAUCAUAUUGCUGCUGGUCAUAAACCACAAUUACCAUCACCUGAUCAAUUAAGUGAACCAGGUAGAAAGUUUGUAUCAAGAUGUCUUGAACAUGAUCCUAAAAAGAGACCAAGUGCAGUUGAAUUAUUAAAUGAUCCUUGGAUAGUUGCUAUUAGACAAGCUGCCUUUGGAGGUAGUGUUGAUACGACGAUAACUCCUUCAUCAGAAGCAGGAACUGAAGUAUUUCUGAAUGUAUCAUAAUAUUUAUUCUCUUCAAGUAUUAUUAGUAUUAGUAUUAUUAUUAUUAUUGGUUUUCAUUUUCUACAUAGUACAUUAUAAUUUUACAAAGGACUUUGAAA